ACAAACCUUUCGUCCAAACUAUUUAUUCAUUUGUAAAUAUAUUAAUUAUCCUCCCAAAACAAAAACAAUGCUACAUCUGGCCAAGGCAUUUUAUUUGUUUUUCCAAAAUGAAUCAACAAAAUUGAGUCACUGGCAAUGUUUUUUUGAAUUUUAUUUUACUUUUUACUUUUAAGUGUUCUGCCAAGAUUAGAGAUAAAAUUGUAUUUCCCCUAAACCUACUUUCUUGCUAAUAAUAAAUUAUACAGUAUGAAUUGGUAAACUUAUUGAUUUAAAAAAAAAAAGAUAUCAAUUGAAGUUCAAACUGAUUUAACAGCGUUCAAGCAUUUUACAGCCAUAGCAACAAGAAAUAAGCAUUUCACAAGUAGGUCAGAUGAAUAUCUCAUAAUGCCUUUCUCUCACCAUACUUUACAUCACGCUGUAUUUAUCUGUGUUUUUAAAAUGUUUUGUUUAAAUUAAGCAUCAGAGCAGACGAGAAGGACACUAACUGUAAAGGUUGCUGAACAGGUGUGGCUAGUUUGCACGCCCUGUUGGCAAACACUGUCGACACCUUCAGGCCGCCGGGUGUUAUUACAACAGGUGCUCUGUGGCUGCACAUGGUCCAACCCAUCUCAAGUGAGUCCUGCCCCUCUUGUCAACUGCACACUGAAGAUUUGAGUUCAUCCAUGCAGUAGCAGCAGAAGACCAGCAGAUUGGGUGUAAAUCGUUUUGCACAUACAAGAGGCCAACUAAAGCUCCAAGGUGUUUCCCAAUCCGUCCCCCACUGUAGGAGGGAGAGGAGGGCGACGAGGAAGGAUGAUCGACCUGAGCUUCCUGACAGAGGAGGAGCGGGGCGUCAUCAUGACCGUGCUGACGAGGGACGCCCAACUCAAACAGGCCGAGGAGCAGAGAAUCAGGAAACUAGAGAGCAUCCUGAGCCAAGGUUCAUCAUCAGACUCAAAGUUGAAGUACCUGACAGGCCAGUGGUUCUAUGAGGCCAAGUCUCGCAGACAUAUGGACAGAAUCCAUGGCUCCGAAAUCAUCCUGGCCUCCAUGAAACAGAGGAGAGCUUCAGAAGGUUCUUUUAGAGCCGAAAGGCCGAAAGCACCCGGCACUCCACGUUCUGGCGUGGAGACUCCACAGAAACCUGCCAGAUGUUUGGACAUGCCACAGGAACCAAAUAAUGCAAAGAAUGAAGAUCACACAUCAGCAGUCCAUUCUCCAAGAAUGGCAAGACGCAACCCUUUUAAUCGAGCUUCCCUCAUUGUUGUUGAGCCAACUGAAGAGGACUCUGAGACAGAGCCCAUCUCCCCCCUGAAGUAUCAGCAACCGGGUGGAAGCAGUCAGACAUCAGGGACCUCCGUGACAUCCGAGGGCUCCUCUGCAGGUUUCAGGCCCAUCCCUAAAAAGAGGUCAUUUGUCUUAAGGCGGACCCCCAUCCUGUCGGACAGCAAUGGCGUAGACUUGGACCCUCAACCGGUCUUGGCUGGGGUCGCCCCUGCCCCGAGACAGACCCUUAAUCAGGGCUCGAGUGGAAGCUCCAACAGAUCCAAGAGUGAGGCCGCGGUGUUGGCCCAUCAUUCUGCUUCUUCAGAGAUCCCCCAGCAGCUCCUGUAUGAUGACUCACAGGUUUUACCUCAUUCCAGUCUGGAGGGACACAGAAAGAAAUCUUCCAUUAUAGCAGACAGAGAGACAGCACAGAUGACCGAAGACAAUCCCACCCUAGGAGAGCAUUUGAAUGCAGGAAGAAUUCUGGAUCAUGAUCCAGUGAUUAGCGGCAGUGUGAUGUCAUCAGUGAAGGAGCCGGAAUGGCAAAGAACUGCAGGUGCAGACCCUCCAAUAUCCUAUGAUAUCAACUUUAUCGAGUCGUCCGAUCAGAAGACACAAAAGAGAUCCCAACAGAAACACUCUUUAAAGUUGACCAACCAGAGCUCCAGUCCCACUGGCAAUGACGAGGACUCCAUCGCAAAAGUGCUGGAGUGGUUCAACCGCAGCACCGACAGUAGCGACUGGCUGAAUAGGAAAGAUGGGCCGAAGGUCUCAAGGAAUACGGAGCGACACCAUGAGCCUGAUGCACAGGAAAGUGAGGAGAUCUUAAAGAAAGAAGUUGGAAGUAUUCAGGAGAAGGAAUCAGUUGAGAUUAUGAUAGGUCAGUCAGAAGGAACUGCCAGGGAGGUGGCGAGGGAUGUGAAAAAUGAUUACCAUGACAGCAACAACAUCGCCCAAAUGAAAUCAUUUUGGGAGAACAGCAACAAAUACCCCAAAACCAUUACAUCCAUGGUAUCUGGAGACAAAGCAGAGACAAGAGAAGGAAACGAUAAGACACCAAAUGUUCACUCUGGCGUAUUCAAUGGAAAAAUAAACAAUGUUGCAAAUGGAGCGGAUGGAAGUCAGCAUGUUGAACUGAAACAUGACCGAGAGUUAGACAGUUUCUACUUGGGAAACUAUGCAUACCCUGAUAGUUUGACUGUUCAUCCCCAAGUAGCUGAAAGAAAAGGUUCAGACGUUGAGCUGUUAUUUGUUGAGCAACUAGCGCCAAAGUCACCUCUGCAGACCAGUCUGGAGUUUAAAGGGCUCUCUUUGGUCCAACCAGACACCCUUUACCAGUCUACAGAUCCCCCAAGUCCAGAGUCAGAGAAUAUCAGUUUUUCCCAAAGUAUCCAGUUUGCAGACCUCAAGACAUGUGGAAAUAAUGUGGAGAACAUCUGCAAAACACCCAGGAGUUCCAGUGAGGACCAUGCUCAGUCACCCAAAAGAAAUAGCCCAAAUAGUCCUCAUUCUCAGAGACAAAACCAUCCCAGGCAUGAAAAUACCGCAGAGAAGAUCAAGCAACUAAAAUCUUUCUGGGAGCAGGAGACAAGCAAGCCCUUGUAUGAUGGCGGUAAACCCAAAGCCAUGCGGCGUACAAAGCUGAACAAGAGGUUAACUAAAUCAGAGUUCGACCUGCGGACCAUUGGCAACAAUUCAGGCAGCGAUGGAGAAGAUAGAAACGAUUUGACUGGUUUGCCUCUGAAUCAGAGAAUAGAUAAAAUGUCACCCACACUUGGCGGGAGCCGAGCACAAUUUAACAGUCUGCUGGAGUUCUGGGGUGAUGCCACCACAGACUGCAAGCUCAAAAGCCCCAAAAGACAAUUCAAUACUCCGCAACCACCUCAGGAGUUACGUUAUUCCGAGCCUGAGUCACGCUUGUCUUCCGUUGAAAUGUCUCACGAUAGACAGAUUGUGUCUGCGUUGAAAGCAGCGAACAAAAACAACCUGCCAGAGUUGGGCCCACCAAAGGAACCUAAAAAGAUAUUGAAAGACUCAAGUAGGGAAGACAGAGUCACAAGACCACCACCAACUCCUCCUAAGGAGGUUUGUUGUCCCAGGAGAAGAAAGGACAGCUUCAGCCAUUCCAGCAGUCGCAGCAGGUCUUUGCGCCGUGCUACCAGUAUGUUUGUGCUUGUUGAUCCAGAAGAACCAAGGCUUAAAAGCCUUGUCAGCCCUGUCCACUCCCAAAGCAGGAAGCAAAGUGUCGAUCGCUCUCAGAACAUCGGGCGAGCCUCGGACGGAACCGAGACCCUCCUUGCGAGGGCAUUCGUGCCCCGAGACUACAGCCACUACUUGGGGAUGGCCAAUGAGCCGAGCACCCUGGCACCCGACGAGGAGGCUUCUGAGGGCCUUAGCAGACCUGUGAGGACCAGCAUCCCCACAGACUCAGAGGAGCGAGGAUUUAAGAGGAGCACCAAGAUAAGUCCAUGCCACGUGUGGACAAAUUGCAACAGUACAGAUGUUGAUCCCCAGUCACCUGUAGGCAGCACAUCCGAAUCCUGGUUUAACACAAGGAACCCCUUGUUAUUGAACUGCAAAAGUGACGAUGACGAGGACAAUCCUGUGAGGAAAGCACUGCGGCGAGCAGAAGUCCGGCCUAAAGGUCUGGCUAAAAGUAUGGAGGACCUAGCAGGGUCUUUAUCAUCAAGACAAGAGAAAGGACAAGAGUUAAAGACAAACCUGAGGCGAACCAUUGACGGUCCCAUGAUGUCCCCUUCUUCACACUUGUUUUCAGACCAGGACCACCUGAAGAAGAUGAGCAAGUCUGUCCCCUUAGUCUUGCAGAGGGAGGAUGACAGCCACAUUUACGAGGACAUUUUUCAGCAUGGAAUAUACAUGAUGGACUCUUCCUCUAACCUGGCCUCUGUGUCACCUUUGCGCGGGAGCGCGAUGACUAUGUACAACGGUGACUUCGGUGGCGUCGAGGUGCAAGGGAGCAUCCAGUUCUCCAUCAACUAUGUUCAAAAGCUCAGGGAGUUCCACAUCUUCGUGGCCCAGUGCCGCGACUUGGCGGCCGUCGACCCCAAAAGAGGCCGCUCAGACCCCUAUGUCAAAAGCUACCUUGUUCCUGACAAAAUUCACCUGGGAAAGAAGAAAACGUCUGUGAAGAAGAAGACACUUAAUCCGACCUUUAAUGAGAUCCUCAGGUAUCGUGUUAGCAUAGGCUAUCUCAGGACGCAGACGCUGGUUCUCUCAGUGUGGCAUCAUGACACGUUUGGCCGGAACAACUUCUUGGGGGAAGCGGAUGUGGACCUCUCCAACUGGAACUUUGACCACACCCACAUGAACGACUUUGCCCUGAAACCCAGGUCAACAGCAACCUUAGCGCCCUCAAGUGGACAAGGAGAGAUGAGACUGGCUAUACGCUUCCUGCCUAAGGUCGUCCACAGUGAAGCUAAGGAAGCUCCCACCACAGGAGAGAUUCACAUUUGGGUGAAAGAAUGCAAGAGCCUGCCUUUAAUCAGAGCCACCAUCGACCCUUACGUCAAAUGCUUCAUGCUGCCCGACACGAGCCGCAAAAGUCGUCAAAAGACUCGCAUGCUGAGGAGGACGGCGGAACCCGUGUUCAACCACACUAUGGUGUACGAUGGCAUCAGAGAGGUGGACCUGGCCGAGGCCUGCGUAGAGCUCACCGUCUGGGACCGGGACAAGCUGGCCAGUAGCCAGCUGGGCGGACUCAGGCUCGGAGCUGGCACGGGAAAGAGUUACGGGUCAGCAGUGGACUGGAUGGACUCCACGCCCGACGAGGUGGCGCUGUGGGAGCGUAUGGUGGCGUCACCUAACGAAUGGGCGGAGGGUGUACUGCCCUUGCGCAUGCUGAACUCCGGCAAAACGGCUUUCAAAUAAGUACAAGUACAUUAAUUGUUAUUCCGCUUAAAAAAUAACAUUUGGAAAUUCAUGAGCCAAAAGCCAUAGUGACUUCUUGAUAUGAGGCUAAGAAGUCUUUUCUAUUAAUUUUUCAACGGGCCGAAGAUGAACAAAGAGAACAAUGAAGUGUCUAAUUUAAAAAAAAAAAUGGCUUACACAACUUAUUCAUUUUGGAUGUGUUAAAGUCAUUCACCACCGACAAAAAAGGUUUAAAAGGCCCAUUAGUACAUUUGAUGAAUGAAUGAAUGUCAUUGUCGCCUUUCUGUUACUGCAGCUUUCAUCAUGUACACGCUCAUUAAAUCCAGCAGUUAAGCAUCCUUUCACGUCAGCAACAAUUGGCUUUUUACAAGCAUGGUCAUAGUCAGAGGAUGAUAAGGUCCCACAUUACGUGUAUGCCAAAGGACAACCACUUGUGCAAAGACAAACAUGACAGACAAAUGUGGCCCUAACGGUCCUCAGAAUAGAAGCCAUAGGAAGAAUAGUAACCAUGACUCGGUUGUAUUCUUAUUUUAGAAAAGUAACAAAGACUUCUGAGACUUCCGUCUCCUAGUAAUACAAUAAACCAAACUGGAGAACCACAUUUUUGUGUCCUAAAAUUAGACGUUAGUUCUAGGGAUUAAAAAUAAAUAAGUUAUGUGUUAAUGAGAAUAAUAAAAAAAAAAUAAACAUAAUACAUUACUGAGAGGAUUUUUUUACAAAGUUAUACGGUAUGGAAAAAAAUAAACAGACGAUGUUACGCAGAAGAAUGUACAAAAAAUUAUGUUGUAUGCUACAAAGAAACAGAGGAAUACAAUUUAUAGGUUACUUAAAAUAUUUUAUUCAAAAAAAGUCACAAGUUGUACAGUAUGUUACUUAGAAUAAUUUAUAAAAAUAAGGAAAUUGUACACUACAUUGAAAAAUAAAAAAUAUAAAAGUUAUAGUUUACUUUUUUAUUUAACAAUUAAUUAAAACAAAUAAAAGUUACCUAAAAUAUAUUUUUAAUUAAGUUGUGCGCUACAUAGAAUAAUAGAAAAAAAACUAAAAGUUGUAAAUUACUUAGAAUAAUUGAUUUAAAAAAUAACCAAAAUUUGUACAUCAUCCAUCCAUAGAUUUUUCGUACUGCUUAUCCUCACUAGGGUCAUGGGCAUGCUGGAGCCUGUCCCAGCAGACCCUGAACUAGUCGCCAGCCAAUCGCAGGGCACAUAUAAACAAACAACCAUUUGCGCUUACAUUCACACCUAUGGACAAUUUAGAGUCUUCAAUAAACCUACCAUGCAUAUUUUUGGGAUGUGGGAGGAACCCACAGUAACCGGAGAAAACCCAUGCAGGCACGGGGAGAACAUGCAAACUCCACACAGGCGAGGCCGGAUUUGAACCCGGGUCCUCAGAACUGUGGGGCAGAUGUGCUAACCAGUCGUCCAUCGUGCCGCCAAGUUGAACAUCACUUUGAAUUUUUUAUUUUUUUUUAAUAACCAAAUGUACACCUCAUGAAUCACUAAUAAAAAAAAAAAAGUUUAACAUUGGAAUAAUUUCGGGAAAACUAAUAGUGUGGUGGGACGGUGGGAGACUGGUUAGCACAUCUGCCUCUCAGUUCUGAGGACCCGGGUUCAAAUACGGCCUCGCCUGUGUGGUGUUUGUAUGUUCUCCCCGUGCCUGUGUGGGUUUUUUCCGGGUACUCCGGUUUCCUCCCACAUCCCAAAAACAUGCAAGGUAGGUAGGUUAAUUGAGGACUCUAAUUUGCCUGUAGGUGUGAAUGGUUGUUUGUUUUUAUGUGCCCUGCAAUUGGCUGGCAACCAGUUCAGGAUGUACCCCGCUUCUCGCCCAAAGUCAGCUGAGAUAGGCGCCAGCACACCUGCAACCCUAGGGAGGAAAAGUGCUUUGGAAAAUGGAUGGAUGGAAACACAAGUGUAUUCUACUUAGAUAUUAUUUUUUAAAUAAACAAAAGUUGUACAUUACAUCGAGAUUUUUUAAAAGUUGUACUUUACAAAGAAUCAUUUAGAAAAACUAAAACCUGGGUGUUAGGUAAAAAAAAAUUAACAAAAGUUGUGCAAUAGAAUAAUUUUGAAAAAAUAAAAGUUGGAUGUUACUUAGAUUUUUUUUUAAUAGCCAAAAGUUGUACAUCACUUCAACGUUAAUCUUACUCAGUGGGAUUUUAAACAGUUAACUGUUAUGCAGAAUUAAAGGGUGAAAAAAAACUUCCGAUCAUGAUGUUGAAAACCUGUACUUUUACCCUUCUGGACCUUGGUUAAUAUUUGACCCUGGCUAUGGCCCUGUUUACAAGCCCUUCUACUACCCAAGCUCAUGGUAAUAUUACUACAUAUUGUUGCUUUAAUAUAUUCAUGAUUAAACUAUGUUAUGCAUGUAUCCGAAAUUCUGAAAAUGUUGCUAUUUACUCAAAUAGUCUGCAAGCUUUCCUUUUCCCAACAACAUUAUUUUAGCUGCAGUAUUUUUACUCCAAUGGUUGAAUGUUGCUGCGAAUGGCUGGCGACCGGUUCAGGGUGUACCCCCCUCCCUGCCCAAUGACAGCUAGGAUAGGCUCAAGCAGCCCGCGACCCUAGUGAAGAUAAGCGGUAAAGAAAAUGGAUGGAUGGUUGAAUGUUGACUGCAUGCCUGUUAUGUGAUGCACUUAAAUAAAACUACGCGUGACAAAAAAAAAUGCAGUCUCACUAUUUUGUGCCUAUGUUGGCUAUUU